AAAAACAACAACAACAACAAUUUAAAAUCAACACUCAAUACAAUGAAGUUACCUCUGAGAUUGGCUAAUAAGAGCAAGACUGCGCUCAAGAAGAGUUUCAUUCCUAAUAGCUUUGUGAAUACAAUGAAGAGAAAUUAUGCUUGUGGAGGAGGUGUUUGUGAUGGAAGUGGAGGAUGUGGAGGAAAAGGAGGACACCACCAUCAUAACCAUCCUGAAGAAAUUGCUACUUUAAAUUCUAAUCAACCAACCCAUUCCCAUGCUUUUGGUCAAUAUACAUCAAAUGUUAACGAUCCAAAGAAUAGUGAUACUGUAAAUAUUUUCCUCAAUGGUCUUCCUAUUCGUGUUCCAAAGAAUUUGACAAUCUUGGAAGCACAAUUGUUUUACAACAAGUUUGUUGCUAAGAAUAUGGAUAUUAUGGGAGAGAAAUCCCAAGUUGAUAUUCCAACAUUGUGUUAUCAUCCACGUUUGAAGGAACACUCACCUGCUAACUGUAGAAUUUGCCUCGUUGAAGAGGAAAUUAACCCACUCGAUGUAGAACAACAAAUGAGUUAUGCCAUUCGUCGUCCAUAUCCAAAACCAGAAGAACGUCUUACUAAACUUGUGCCAUCAUGCACUAAUCAUGUUAAGGAAGGAGGAUGUUAUUGGACUCGUACUCAAACCACCCACGAAAAUACCAGAUCCAUUCUUAAAUUCCUUCUCUCUCACCACAAUUUGGAUUGUCCAUCAUGUUCUGCAAACGGAAUGUGUGAACUUCAAGAUUUAUUGGAAAAGUAUCACAUCUCAAAGAAGGAUCUCCCACCUUCAUUGCGUGACAACUUUACUAACACUUCAUCAGAAGAAGUUUUAGUUUCCAACAUUGGAACACCAGAGUAUAUGACAAUUGGUGAUAUUCAAAUUGAUCCAGACAAAUGUAUUAGAUGUACUCGUUGUAUCAGAACUUGUACUUUUAUUCAAGAACGUGAUGCCCUCUCCAUGUCAGGACGUGGUCACAAUGAAUCAGUUCAACAAUUGAACCUCGUUUUGAGUGAAGUCAGUAAUGGAACUGAAGAAAGAUCUCCAUGUAUUUCAUGUGGUCAAUGCAGUCAAAUUUGUCCAGUUGGUGCCAUCUCCAUUAAGGCUCAACUUGAUGAAGUUUCCGAACUUUUAUUACAAAAGAGUGUAAUGAACGCUUUUGAUAAUAAGGAAAAGGAUUAUAUUAUGGUUGCAUCAACUGCUCCAGCUGUUCGUGUUGCCAUUUCUGAAGAAUUUGGUAAGGAACCAGGUCACUAUACUGCCUCUCAAAUGGUUCAAGGUUUGAGAAAGCUUGGUUUUGACUAUGUUUUCGAUACUCUCUUCUCUGCUGACUUGACCAUUAUGGAAGAAGGUACUGAACUUAUCAAGAGACUUACAAGUGAAACUCCAGGCCCAUUCCCUAUGUACACUUCAUGCUGUCCUGGUUGGGUUAACUUGGUUGAAAGUGAUUUCCCUGAAAUUAUUCCAAACGUCAGUUCUUGUAAAUCACCACAACAAAUGUUGGGAUCUGUUAUUAGAAAUUACUGGACACCAAAGAUGCAACAACACAUUAAGGGUAAGAAGGUUAUUCACGUUUCUAUCAUGCCUUGUACAGCUAAGAAGGGUGAAGCUCAAAGACCAGAAAUGGGUGUUCCAGAUAAGGAUGGUAACAUUGUUCCAGAUAUUGACUAUGUUUUGACCACUCGUGAAUUGGGUAAACUUUUCAAGAUGCAUCAAGUCCAUGAUUUGGAAACCAAGAGUGUUGGCAAUGAAGUUGGAGAUUAUGACUCUCCAAUUGCUGAAGGUACUGGUGCUGCUGUCAUUUUCGGUGUUACUGGUGGUGUCAUGGAAGCUGCUUUGAGAACUGCUUAUGAAAUUCUUGAAAAGAAGCCAUUGGAAAGAUUAAACUUGCAAGAAGUUAGAGGUUUGGAUGGUAUUCGUUCUGCCACUAUCAACAUUGCAGGUGUGGAUGUUAAGGUUGGUGUUGCUCACGGUUCUGGUAACUUGAAGAGGUUGGUAAAUUAUACCAAGACUUUGGAUCCAAAGGAUCAAUUCCACUUUAUUGAAAUGAUGGCCUGCCCAAGUGGUUGUGUAGGUGGUGGUGGUGAACCAAAGAUUGUUGAAAAAUUGGAACACCAAGAUAGAGUCAAGAGAAGAUUACAAGCCAUCUACAAGUUGGACGAAGCUGCAAUCACAAGAAAGAGUCACGACAAUAGAGAAAUCCAACAAUUAUACAACGAAUAUUAUAAGGAACCAUGCGGUCAUAAGGCUCACCACGAAUUACACACUCACUACACCAACAAGAAAUAAAAUUGCCAUUUUUG